CGUAACGAGCGAGCAUAAAUAUAAGUGGCGAGAGCUUGUUUUAUUUUUGUUUAUGUCUUAUUCUUCGUUUGAUUAGAUGCUUUUUUGGACCUAUACAGCACACAUUAUUUUGCAAGAGAUAAAAUCUAAUAAUCAGAUUUUAAGGAUACCUCCCUUCUUAGGACCACGAUUUCACUUUGAAAAUAUGACUUCUUAAAUGGGUGGAUUAAGGGAUCAUCUUCCCCCGCCGUUUCCAGUUAUGAUUUUAAGAAUACCAUGGCUUCUACUACCAAUAGCCUUUUUUAUUCCUACGAUAUCAGGUAAUCCUUUAUUUUUACAACAAUCUGGAAGAAAUAUAAAACCAGUUAUUAGAUGGAGACCUCCGAUGGAUACUUGGAAUUGGGCGGAAACACCUAGAAAUGAUGAACCAUUCUUUAUUCCUUCUAAUUUUACUCACAAGCUACCUCCGUCCGCUAACGAAACAGAACUUAUUGCUCACAUGACGGCGCUGAGACGCAAUUACUCAAGACUAUUGUGGGAUAGUGAUAAAAGUUCAAAUUUACCUCUCUUCGUGGACAAAGCUUUAAAACUAUUAAAUUUAAAACAAGUUUACUAUGAAGUGGAACAUUCUGUGAUGUCCAAGGUGUCUUGUACAGCAUGUAAGGCAGGAGCCGGUCUACUGCAGCAUUACAUGAGACUCGGAAAGAGUAAAGAGGAAAUUAAUAAAAUGAUAUAUCAGUUUUGUGUUUCUCUAAACAUACAAUCUGCAAGAGUCUGCGAAGGCAUUACGAGGCUUUUUGGGAGUGAAGUUGUAUACGUAUUAAAACGUAUCACUAUAGGCCCAAAUGAAAUAUGCAGUUUUGUCAUUGGAGAUGCCUGUGGAGAUGUUUACAACCCAUAUCACGAGUGGGAAGUGGCUUUCCCUCCAGUUCCAAAACCAGAAGUGCAAGAGUUAGAUGCGCCUGUUGAAAAAGCUCCAACGUUCAAAGUCCUUCAAAUAUCGGACACACACUUCGAUCCCUAUUAUGCUGAAGGUGCUAACGCGGAAUGCAACGAGCCUCUUUGUUGUCGCGCGUCCAACGGCCCAGCUUUGACUCCGGGCGGAGGUGCUGGGCGUUGGGGUGACUACCGCAAGUGUGACACACCAAAACGCACUAUCGACCACAUGUUGAAACACAUAGCAGACACACACACUGAUAUAGACUAUAUUUUAUGGACCGGAGAUCUACCACCGCAUGACGUAUGGAAUCAGACAAAGGAAGAAAAUCUUAAGGUCCUCCAAGAAACUGUUGCUCAAAUGUCUGAUAUGUUUCCCGGAGUUCCGAUCUUCCCCGCUCUUGGCAACCACGAAUCUUCACCAGUAAAUAGCUUUCCACCGCCAUAUAUCUCUUCGCCAGAGUCCAACAUCGCCUGGCUGUACAACGAGCUGGACGCGCAGUGGCGAAGAUGGCUGCCUGCUGGAGUAUCGCACACGAUACGUCGUGGAGCAUUCUAUUCCGUGCUUGUUCGUCCUGGUUUCCGGAUCAUAUCAGUCAACAUGAACUAUUGCAAUAACAAAAACUGGUGGCUUUUACUAAACAGUACGGAUCCAGCAACAGAAUUGCAGUGGCUGAUAUACGAAUUGCAAUCUGCCGAAUUCAGUGGUGAAAAAGUUCACAUAAUCGGGCACAUUCCUCCUGGACAUUCGGACUGCCUUAAAGUAUGGAGUAGGAACUACUAUGCUAUAAUCAAUCGUUACGAAUCCACUAUUACUGCCCAGUUCUUCGGUCAUACUCAUUUCGAUGAAUUCGAGGUGUUUUACGAUCCAAAUGAUUUAGGAAGAGCUACAAGUAUUGCUUACGUGGGUCCAUCAGUAACACCUUAUUAUGAUUUGAACCUAGGAUAUCGAAUAUACUAUGUAGAUGGAGAUCAUGAUUCAACGACUCGACUAGUCGUUGAUCAUGAAACAUGGAUUAUGAACUUGAAGGAAGCGAAUUUAUUUGGCUAUCCGAUAUGGUACAAGCUGUACUCGGCACGGUCCGCGUAUAUGAUGCCAUCACUUCGGCCGCAAGACUGGGAUGCAUUUAUAGACAACAUGACUUCUAAGGAGGACGUCUUCAACUUAUAUCACAAACAUUACUGGAAAAAUAGUCCGCGUCGCGGCACAUGCGACGGCGAGUGCCGCAAGCGGCUGAUCUGCGACGCGCGCUCGGGGCGCUCGCACGACCGGCGCGCGCUGUGCGUGCACAUCGAGGCGCGCAUCGACGGCGCCGCGCCCGCGCCGCAGUCCUGGCGCGCCUGGCUCUACAAUGGCCUGUCCGUCUCACCUAGUGUACAACAAGUUUAAGUGGUGGUGGAAAUCUUUUAGGUGCUGCACGGAAAAAGAAUGUCGAUGUUAAUGCAAAUACCACAAGUGGCUUACCAGAUACCAAAGUAUGUCAUGGGCCUCGGCUGAGUGAUGAGUCGGAAACUUGGACACGAUCUGAGACAAAAAUACUCAGCACCACCAGACUUUUCUACCAGAGCAAAAAUAAUUAUUUAGUUAUUUAUUUUUAGAAAAAAAAAACAUACAAAUAGCCUUAGUAACUUUUGUAUCAGAGAAGUACAACUUUUAAAAGGCAGAUCCACAUUUGUGCACGCGCAUGAACCGUGCAUAUGCCCACGAGUGGUUUGCGAGCGGUUCGCAGACGGUUGGGAGUGAAUACAAACAUAAUAUUACACGUACAAUCUGAGAGAGGACUCGCCAUAUUUCCUCUAUGUGACAAUUACUGUCAUGUCAAAAGUACCGUUAACAGUACUUUUGAAAUAAUAAUUGACAAAUAGAGCAAAUGUGGCGAGUCGUUUCUCAGAUUGUACGCGUAAUACACGCAUUCGAACAUGCACGUGCGCAGGGACAGUGACGCAUCCAAAGGUGUUCGAUGCGCGUUGUACAUGCAGGGUCCGUGCGUGUGCGUAAGUGCGAAUCCAUUUUUAAAACUAUGUUGUAAUAAAACAUACUUAUUUAAAUAUUUUAAAACCGUUUAUGUGCCUUAGUGUUUGUAAAUCGAUGUCAAAAGUCUAUCAAGUGUAAGUUUGUAAAUAUUCUUUGUAAAUUAUGUAAUUAUAACUUUACGUUAAGAUUUUUA